AUUUCUAUAUUUUCUUUAUUUAUUUAAUUGUAUAAUAAUAAUAAAAAUAAUAAUAAAAAUAAAAAUAAUAAUAAUAAUAAAAAUAAUAAUAAUACUUAUCAAUAUUGGAAUUUGUUUUUACUGUCAUUUGUGUUAUUUUUUAACAGUAGUUAUUGUAAAACUAUUGUUGUUUCACUUUAUACAAUAUUUCCUAACCUUUAAUUAUAAUAAAUGUACAUAGUGGUUUAUUUAAUUUUAAUUAAUUUUAAAUUAUUAAUAAUUGUUUAAUGGAUAAAUUUUUAUUUUUUUUAUUUUUUUUUUAAUAAUAUUUUUUUUUUUAAUUUCAAACAAAAUUAUAUAAUUCUUUUCAUACAAAAAACAAAACAAUAGUAAAACAUUAUAUAUAUAAAUGAAAAUGGAUGCUUUUUCAUGCUUUGGUGUUAGGAAUAAAAAAAAGUCAUCAGUUUUAUUGAAGCAAAUGCAGGCUGAUGAAAAGGAAGCAUUACAAAAUCCUAAUCAUUUUAAUUUAUUAUCAACAGAAUUAAUACUUUAUAUAUUGAAAUUUAUGACAGUUCAAGAGCUAUGUACAAUUGCAAGAAUAUCCAGAAGAUUUAAAGAAUGCUGCUAUGAUAGUACACUUUGGAGAACAUUAGCAAUGAACAACAAUAUGCCAAGAAAAAAGAUUAUUCAAGCAUUGAAGAACAUGGAAUCAACACAAAGACUAAGCGCUGUUAGAAUGAUCAAUUUAAAUAAUGCCAAUAUUAAACAAACAACCAUCGAUUAUAUUGUCACUCAUACACCUCAACUAAAAGAAAUUAGACUACAUAAUCUUAAAUUAACUGAAAAGACCUCUAAACUAUUAGUUGCCAAGUGUCCCAAUUUAGAACAAGUAUAUAUGGAUGGAGGAAGAACUAGUGAUGAAUGUUUAGAAUUAUUAGCUAAUGGUGCAGUUAAAUUAAAAUCAAUUAAUCUCCACAAAGUAGAAAAUAUAACAACCACAGGUAUUUGCCAUAUUAUUAAAAAUACAAAUUUAAGCUUCUUAAAUUUUAAUGGUAUUUCAGGCUGGGAUAUUAGAACAUUAGCCCCAUAUUGUGCUCACUUUACCUCAAUGGAUCUUGGUUCAAGUAAUAAUUUAAGCGAUGACGAUUUGAAAGCAUUAACCAGACAAUGUAAAAAACUUAAAUUUAUUUCAUUAAAGAGCUGCAAAUUAAUUACAGAUCAUGGUGUUUUAGAAUUAAUUCACGAUUGCCCACAACUUAUGGAUUUAAAUUUGGCCUCUUGUAGCAAAGUUACUCGUACUAGUGUUCAACAUGUACUUCAACAACUUCAUAGUUUAACAACUUUAAAUCUUUCAUGCUUCAAAAAUAUUCACCCAAUUACAUUCCCAAAGAAUCCAUAUAGACUUUUAAAUACUCUUUCAACUAUCGAUCUUUCAUUCACAGAUGUAAACGAUGAUGAUAUUAAACAACUAACAGAAUAUGCAGUAAACUUAAAGAAUCUUCGUCUUUGUGCAUGCGUAGAAGUAACUGAUGGCUCAAUGAUUUUAAUAGCCACUCAUUGCAAGAAAUUAGUUUGCGUUGAUCUUUCUCGUGAACAACAACAAGCAGCUGGUGGAUCUCAAAGUAAAGGACCAAUGAAAAUCACUUUAGAAACUGUUGAAGCCCUAUUCCUCAAUUGCCCAGAUCUUCAAAAGGUAGCUCUUUCUUAUUCAAGUAAAAAUAAUAUCACUAAAAGAAGCGUAAUGGAAGUUCAUGACCGUAGAAUGGUUUUAGGUUGGAAAAAUAUUAAUUUCACUUUAAAUGAAGAAAAUGUUAUAGUAAACAAUAACUUGAAUAAUACCAAUAACAAUAAUAACCAAUCAAUUAAUAAUACCCAAAAUAAUACCCAAAAUACCAAUCAAAAUAAUAAUAACAAUAAUAACAAUAUUAUUAAUAAUAAUAAUAAUAAUAAUAAUAAUAAUAAUAAUAAUAAUAAUAAUAACACUAACACUAACACUAACACUAACACUAACACUAACACUAACAAUAACACUAACAAUAACAAUAACAAUAACAAUAAUAAUAAUAAUAAUAAUCAACAAGCCAACAGCCAAAUCAACAGCCAAACCAACAACCAAACCAACAAUACCAAUAAUAUAAAUAAUAAUAAUAAUAAUAUUAAUAAUAUCAAUAGCAAUAAUAACUCUCCAAUUCCUAGUCCAAACUAUUAUAAUCCAUCUAUUAUACCAAACAACAAUAUACCGAUUCGUAACCCAUAAUUUAUUUAAACAAAAAGCCGGAUGUAACUUAUAUAAAAAAACCCAUAUAUAUUUUCAAUAAAAAUAAUAAAACUAUAAUCUCUUUUUUCUUAAAUAUAAAAUUAAAAAAAGGAUUGUGUUUUAUAUAUGUUAAAAUAAACUGUAACUAUUUACAAAAUUUAUUCUCUUUUUUUUUAU